AUGGCAGACAAUACCAGUCUCAUCAAUCUCCCUACCGGUUUUGACUUUAAAGAUUACAUCGGAGGCGGUAACAGUGGAAUAGUCCUCCUUGACAAGCACACGUUAACGGUCAUCAAAAUCCGGCUUGAUGGGGACCACUCCCCAGAGAUCGACAUCGAGCGACAGAUCUAUGAGCGUUUCAUCGAGCGCGGCGGCCAAAAAGGGAUCCCGAUCUUCUACGGAACCUUCAAACAUGGGAUCCGCCUUGAUCAUGUUGCCGAAGCUCUUGAUUUCGUUCACGAAUGCGGUGUCAUCCAUGGAGACGUCCAAGGCUUCAACGUGCUAAUUGACUGGCGCCUUGACGCAAAGCUAGCAGAUUUCGCCGGGUCUUCGCUCGAUGGCUCUCCGCUUCUGAUCGCUACAAAUGAAAGCCACACCUGCCCAGGGCGCGGACUGUCCCGCAAAGGUGACAUAUUUGCGCUCGGUUCCACAAACUACGAGUUGAUGACGGGCUGUCCGCCAUAUGCUGGGCUCUCUGACAGCGUGAUUCGCUCGCGCUACUCCAAGGGCCAAUAUCCCGACACCAAGUCCCUAGGGGCUGUCGGCAGCAUCAUCACGAAGUGCUGGCGUGGGAACUGCGAGGAACUCCAUUCUCGCCUCCUUGUCACACAGUGA